AUGCAGCGACUCCUGGGCAAGGCGGUAUUUGUGGCAAGACGGACUCGACUACAGGUGGGCUCACAUAAGCUGGAUUGGAGUGACACUCGACUUCAUCUUGAGCAUAGGCAUGGCACGGGACAUGGCGUUGGUCAUUUCCUAGCCGUCCACGAAGGUCCGCAACAGAUCGGUACACGAAUAGCUUGUAACUCCACUCCUCUGAAGGCUGGCAUGACAGUGUCGAACGAGCCGGGCUAUUACGACGAUGGGAAGUUUGGGAUUAGGAUUGAAAAUAUCGUUCUUGUCAAAGAGGCGGAGACACCAAACAACUUCGGAGAGAAGGGCUAUCUGACAUUUGAACAUGUAACAAUGUGUCCCAUACAAACCAAGCUGGUGGAUACAAAGCUUCUCACAGAGAACGAACGUCAAUGGUUGAACGACUACAACAGGGAAGUGUGGGAAAAAGUGUCACCCCUGUUGGCUGAGGACGAUAGAGCCCUCAAAUGGUUAAAGAAGGAGUCCCAGGCAAUCUAA